GUUCCUGAUUUUUUAAAAUACAUACUGAAAUUAUCUGUAUCUCCGAUGAUUAUGAAAACCAAGGUUAAUCGAAAAUGGGAACAAUUUACAGCUGUUUCAAAGUACACGCUCCGUUUAGUUUAUGUUUAUCGAAUGGCACUGACACAAAAUGGCCGACAAGUAAUACCAGCCGCCCAAAUUGGCUCAAAGUGCGCAUUCACAUCUAAAUCAACUCAUUUGGCCUCUGCAAACUGGAGCAGACAGCUCCUGGAUCUCUUUAACCUACUUUUAUGCAAUAUUUCAUACGCAGUUGUUUUGAUAAUAUCGACCUUGCGCUGUGCUCGUUUUGAUUGGCCGUUCGUUCGCCCGUGCCCCCCUUUUUUACCAUUUAAACCAAUCACCAUUGGGUACAUAGUGACGUCAUCUGGUAAACAAACAGGAGUCCGGCGGCCAUUACAGUCCAAGGCUGACAGCAAAAAAACAAAAGGCGAAAAACCCCUUAAGUCGUUUCGAGAAAUAACAACGCUACAGCUGAUUGAAAGGUGGCUACCCCAGUACAUUUGUCCCAACGCCAUGAAAGACCCAAGGCUAAAUCACGUGACCCUCGGCGAAGACGCGACCCUGACCAACCAGAACGGGUCAUCAGAGCCAGACCCGUUCGCCGAGUAUUUGUGGAUGGAGCACGAGGAGGAGUUUAACCGGCAGGUGGUGGAGGAGCUGUGGGAGGAGGAAUUCAUGGAGCGCUGCUUCCAGGAGAUGCUGGACGAGGAGGAACGGGAAUGGUUCGUCCCGUCCAGAGAUCUGCCGGACGCCCGGCAGAUGGAUCUGCGCGCAGUGACAAACAUGAUGAGCCCCCUGAACCCCAACGCCAAGGAGUUCACGCCCGGCAUCCAGAAGCACGUCAUGUGACCGCGGGCCCCGGACAAAAUGGCUGUAGCUUUGGCGCGUCCCCGAUCGUUAUCGCGCACUUUGAUCGGCUCACGUUGUCAUGUGUGAUGUGGCGUUGCGCUGUUUGUGGCUUCGGGUAGGUGCUGUGUUACCCACAAUGCUUUGCUGCUGUCCUCUUUGUACAAAGGCACUAAACUACUGUAGCGCGAAGACAAAAUGUUGUAAAGAACAAAAAAAAUCUAUUUUUCUUAAACUGUUUGAAAAUAAAUGUUGAAGGAAAAAGUCAAAA